UUAUGAAAGGCUUCCGGGGGUUCCUUUAUCAACUGAUAAACGCCGUUAUGGAAACCCGAGCCAGACCAAACGGAUGAGUAGAUGACGCCAUGGACCAGUGUUUGGUUCCUCGUUCUUCUCAUCGCUCGGGCCUCGAUAUCUAAUUCCGACUAUUUUAACUCCCCGAUAGACCGACCCCCCACCACCGUCAUCUUCCCUCUCGAUCUCGAUGGGGCUCAAUGUAUCGAAGCGAGUGGAGAAAUCCCUCCGAUCCUCCCCGGACUUCGACGCCGCUUGCCAGUCCGUCUAUGAUCGCUGCCUCGCUGACGCCCAGCACGCCUUCCCCGGCGUCCGCCCCUACCAGCUCGCCAACGCCGCCGCCCGCCUCCACGCCACCCUCUCCGCUUCCCUUCCCCUCGUCCGGAGAUGGGUCCCCUCGCCCCCGGCGCAGGCCCAGGUCGAUGCGGCGCUCCGGCGGGUCGACCCGGAAGCAGAGGCCCUGGGCCCGGCGGAGUUCCGGGCCUUCUCGGCGGAGCUCUUCAAGGAUGCCAUCCUCGCCGGCGCCGGGUCGGCGGUCCUCUGGCGUGUCCCGAUCGGUGUCGCGGGGAUCGCCGGCGUCGGGAUGGUGACGCAUGCGGGGGCGGAGGUCGUCGGGAGGGUGAUGGGAGUUUACGCUGCAGGAGUCGUCGCCGCUGUUUUUCUCAGCUUGUCCUAAGCCCAGGGCUAGGGUUGUAGAUCUUGUAAAUUUUAGUGGCACCGGACUAGGCCAAGCUUUUGUUAUUUUGAAGUCAAUCUUAUGUAUUAUAAUUUAUACUUUGGUAUCGGCGAUAAUUCUCUCUCUUA